CAACACAGCAUGCCUGGAGAAGAGAACGGUAAGGUUCCGUCGGUUCCGACGGUACCAACGGGCCGUAUCCUGCCGGCCGAUAGCUACACAUCGACCGAUCCCGCCGUACCGGUGAAGCUGCGCAUAGCGAAGGAAGGCUUGGCUUCGCUCGAUCCACUCUCCGUCCCGGACCUGAUGAACCGUACCGUGCGCGACCAUCCCAACCAUCCGGCGAUGGUGUUCCGAAACGCCCAAAAACAGUGGCAAACUGUCACUUACAGCGAGUAUCGCAACCGUGUCCAUCAUAUGGCGAAGGUGUUCAUCAAACUCGGACUCGAGCCCCAUCAUACAGUGGCGGUGCUGGCGUUCAACAGCCCGGAAUGGUUCGUUUCCGAGCUUUCGGCGAUUCACGCAGGUGGCAUCAUUACCGGCGUGUACACUACCAACUCGGCUGAAUCGGUGCAACAUGUGCUUGAAAGCUCCCGCGCCCAGAUCGUGGUGGUGGACGAUGCGAAGCAAAUGGAGAAAAUCUGUUCGAUUCGUCAGAACCUGCCGAACCUGAAAACAGUCAUUCAAACGAUGCCACCGUACGCACCGUACGUCAAGCGGGAGGAUGGCUUCUAUCGCUGGUCAGAAUUGGAGGAAAUGAACGUGGAUGAUGUGGAGGAAGAGUUCAACAAUCGUCAAGCGAACAUAGCCAUCAAUCAAUGUUGCUGUUUGGUGUACACGUCUGGUACGGUCGGUAAUCCAAAGGGCGUUAUGCUAAGCCACGACAACUUCACAUGGGAUUCGUACGCGAUCGGCAAGCGACUCUACCAAAUUCGUUACGCCGAGGAGGUGCUCGUAUCCUUCCUCCCUCUCAGUCACGUCGCCGCCCAGAUGGUAGACAUCUUCCUAACGCUGCAGUUCGCCUGUACCGUGUACUUUGCCGAUAAGGAUGCAAUGAAGGGUACGCUACUGAACACGCUGCAGGAAGCGAAACCGACGCGUAUGCUAGCGGUGCCCCGUGUGUAUGAGAAGAUCCAGGAAAAGAUGCUCGCGAUCGGGGCCCAGAGUGGUGCGGCGAAGAAGUUGGUCGCCGGUUGGGCAAAAAGCGUAACGCUGCAGCAUCAUCUAGACGCGAUGGAAGGAAAACCGACAAACUCGUGGCAAUAUCGCCUGGUGAAGAACUACGUCCUGUCGAAGGUAAAAGAUGCGCUCGGAUUCAGCCGUUGCCUAACAUUGGCGACAGCGGCCGCUCCGAUGGACCGUGAAACGAAAAAGUACUUCAUGAGCCUCGAUCUACCGAUCAACGAGGCUUUCGGUAUGUCAGAAACAUCCGGUGCGCAUUCGUUGACUGCUCCGGAUAGCUAUAACUUCGAUACGAUCGGUAAACCACUCGGUGGUUGCGAGACGAAAAUUGACAAACCGGACGAGAAAGGACACGGUGAAAUAUGCAUGCGUGGCCGUCACAUACUGAUGGGAUAUAUAGGAGAGGAAGGAAAAACUCACGAAGCUGUUGACGAGGACGGUUGGCUGCAUUCGGGCGAUGUGGGAUACGUAGAUGAGUCUGGAUUUAUGUACAUUACGGGGCGCAUCAAGGAACUUAUUAUCACCGCGGGCGGUGAAAACAUCCCGCCAGUGCACGUGGAGAAUCUCGUUAAGAAUGAGCUACCGUACGUGAGCAAUGCAUUCCUCGUGGGCGAUAAGCGCAAAUUCCUUACCAUGCUGAUAACGCUCAAAACGCAAAUGAACCUCGAUACCGGUGCACCGAAGGAUGAGCUAACGCCGGAGACGAUCAUUGCGCUGAAGGAACUUGGCGUCGAAUAUGGCAAACUGAGUGAAGUUCAUGCAGCUGGUCCUUGUCCGAAGGUUUUGAAAGCCAUCCAGGAAGGCAUCGAUCGCGCAAAUGCGAAAGCCAUCUCGAACGCGCAGAAGAUUCAAAAGUAUGCCCUACUGAAGGAAGACUUUUCCGUGCCUGGUGGUGAGCUGGGCCCUACGCUGAAGAUCAAACGUAACGUAGUGGUGGAAAAGAACAAGGACGUUAUUGAAAAGUUCUACUCGUAGGGAAAACAUACCAGUGAUCGACUCGUGCAAACAACUUGUGCAAUUUUCUAACGAUGUUUUUGUUUUCUUCCCCUUCCUAUGGGGCUAUUCCUUUUCUUUUUGUUUGUUAGUGAUAUGUUUUGCAAAAUUUCCUAUUUCUUUACACUAUCUUAAUAAGUAAUAUAGACAAGACAUACAUAAGCAUUUCCAUUCUGCUUCUGGUAGAAGGAAAUCGAUGGGACAAGUGCGACACUAUUAUAUCUACGGCAUUCGUCACCGGUUACCCGGCGAGAAACAAUGCCCUUUACCCGCUACACCGUAGCUGAUUGUUAGUUUAAAGUAAUUGGUCAGUGUGCAACGUUCUGAAAUUCACUUCAGAUGUGUUGGUUUGAUUAUCGUGUACUGUACCGUUAAACGUAAGUUGUUUGGUGAUAUUAUGUAGAUGCUUUCACCAUUCGGGUGAAAAUCCCUUGCCAGAUGAAUAAGACAAGAAUAGAAUGGAUCAUUAGAGUGGGAGUUUGUGUUGCUCGCAAAAGUGUUUUCGUAGUUAUUGUGGUAACAUAUUGUACAAACAUUCGUUCAGAUGCGUAUCUAAUGCAUUUAGUCAUUUAGACUUUUCCAAAGUAAUUGUACAGACAUAAUGGAAAGCAAAUGCGUAACGCCAGGAAGAAAAAAAACGUUAACUGUGAAUAAAUCAUUGUUGAACUGAUUCGAAAAGAAAAAUAAAAUGUACA